AGGGAACAACUAUGUGGAAUGUCCGUCGGGUUCCUACCAAGUCGAAUUUUCCUCCAAUUGCACUGACAACUGCCCUCCUAAUGCACCGUAUAUAGUGUCCGAUUGAUGUUUGGACUACUGUCCUGUGGGUUUAAAUAACACGUGUAAUAGGAAAGAUGCUAUCCCACAAACAACUGCAACAAUACCUGAUAAAACAGCAGUCUUGCGAUGCCCAAAAGGAUUAUGUCCGAAGGAGAGACCGUUUUGUUUUGACUAUCAUUGUUUGUCAGAUUGUCCACAUGAAAUGGUUAGGGAGGACUUUUCAUGCGUCUAUCAUUGUUUUAAUGCGACAUCGAUGGUGUACAACAAAUCAUGUGUGACCGAAUGUCCCCGAGACUCUCCCUUCAAUGAAUCGGGUAUUUGUGUUUCAAAAUGUUCAACUUAUAAUAUACUUUAUGGUAGCGUUUGUAUCCGUGACUGCCCAGUCAACAUGUUUCGGUAUAAUAAGACGUGUACAACAUCAUGUCCAAAACUAGCGCCUUUCGAUUUCGAGGCUUUAAAUACAAAAUUUUGCUUGGAAUCUUGUCCGGACUUCACUUUAGUUCAUCGACAUGUGUGUAAGCUACAGUGUCCGGAUGGAUUCUUUCUUUGGAACAGAACGUGUGUUAGAACGUGUCCAGACUCUGCCCCAAUUAUCUAUGUAUUGAACAAAAGAGUCCCACAAUUUAAAAUUCCGAUUUGUAUUACAAACUGCCCCGAUGACACGUUUUCGGACGGUAUUUCGUGUGUAAAAACCUGCGACAAGAAUAUGUAUGUGUUUAAUUCAACCUGUGUUGACCGCUGUCCUACCAGCCACAGACUGUUGGAGGGCAGUACAUCACCAUAUUCCUGCGUCUCACAAUGUCGAAUCGCGGAAAAUUUGAACGACAAUCGUUGCACUGCGGAGUGUCCAGACGACAAAUUAGUUUUUGAUAGAACAUGUGUCUCUGAAUGUCCCAUAUCUAAUCCGUUGGUAUUAAAUCAGGAAUGUCUCUCUCAAUGUCCCAUAUAUUUAUUGAAUGAAUCUGGGACAUGUGUUUCACGCUGCAGUAAGGGACAUUACAUGUUCAAUAGGUAUUGUGUAAAGAGAUGCCCAGAAACACACAGAUAUAUGGCUUACGGGAAAUGCAAUACUAAUUGUUCAAUUUACAAUUUACUGAUUUGGAAUAAUUCAUGUUUCUCUUCCUGUCCUAAACAGGCAAUGUACACCUUCAAUCAAACAUGCUUAACGGUUUGUCCACUCUCCCAUCCUUUUGAUAAAAGCGGACGAACAUCAAGAUAUUCCUAUCAAGUGAUACACUACUGUGUUGCGUCCUGUAGUGAUAACAUUAGUCCUGCGAUUUUUAUAUAUGGUGGUAAAUGCAAAUGUUCAGCACACUUACUCUCUCAUAAUUUUACAUGUGUUGAAAACUGCCCUUCGCCAUAUAACUUGGUUCAUAACGGAGAGUGUCUUACACAGUGCCCUAAUCACUUCGUAGGUUACAAUAACACAUGUCAAGCCUCGUGUCCGGAACAUGCUAAAUAUGUAUACGAUGGUUUGUGUAGAGAGGCGUGUCCAUCGUCACAUCCGUAUUAUGCAGCGGCAUUAUCGUAUCCAAAUUCAUUAACUUGUCUCGAAUCAUGCACUGAUAGCAACAAAAGUCCGGGAAGGUUUUUAUAUAACAUGACAUGUGUAAAACGGUGUCCUAAUGCAACUGUUUUAUAUGGAUCAAAUUGCAUCCAAAAAUGUCCCUUAGAUAACUCCCUGAUAUAUAAAAAGGAGGACAACGGAAACUAUAUAAUAGUGUGUGUAGAUAAGUGCCCAGUGACAACCUUCACAAGAGGAAAGAAUUGUUAUGACCAGUGUCCAGAACCCUUAGCUUCCUAUUUGCCGAACCGCACGUGUUUAGAGCAAUGUCCUAAACAUAGAAGAUUUCGUUAUCGAUUUAGAACGAACGUUAAUACUUUUACUUACAGAUGCAAGUCAUCAUGUGACAAAAUUAUUUUCGAUAGCACUAGUUGUGUGGAUGUUUGUCCCCCCGACACCCCGUUUGAAUUUGGUCAAACUUGUGUUCGUAAAUGUCCAGCAACACACAUGUUCCACGAACAACAGAAAUACAGAUGCUUGGCAGAAUGCAAACCCCCUCUGGUUGAAGUCAAUCACACAUGUUUCAGAUCUUGCCCUGCAAGUAUUCCCUUUUUAAUGAACAAUACUUGUGUUGAAAAAUGUCCAAAACCGUUCAAUAUGACAUCACCUUCCUUUCAAGGUCCUACAUGUGUACGUAAAUGUUUACAUCCGUUGCUCCGAGAAAACAACAAAUGCACACAGGCCUGUACUGGCAAGUUUAUUGUCAACAAUGUAUGUGAAGACAUUAUCGGAUGUCCGAAUGAAUACAGAUAUAUAGAGAAGUCUUCACGCGGAACAAUUUGUCGAAAAGUCUGUCAGGAAAACGAGUUCGUUUUCGAAGAUGUACAAUGCACAAAGAAGUGUCCGAAGUUCGAUGUAGAAAACCAGUGUGUCGAGAGUUGCCCAGAUACACAUCCCUACACAGUAAAGCUUAUAUAUUCAUUUAAAAGGGACUCCACGUGUUAUUCAACCUGUCCAAAGCUUACAUAUGACAACUCUUGUGUUAACUCAUGUCCCCCUUCCUAUCUUGUGUUCAAAUCUAAAAAAACGUGUGUCAAGGAAUGUCCAGCAUCAGAUCCCAUUAAAUCAAACGGCGAAUGUCUGAAAACGUGUCCGGGGUCAAAGAUUGCUUCGGAGAAAAAUACAUGCAUAGACAAAUUCGAAUGUGAUAGUUCUAAAGGAUUACAUGUCUACGACUCAAAAUGUGUCACACAAUGCCCCAGUGGAACGUAUCGUAACUAUCAAGAUAACACCUGUAGUCCGAUGUCACUUGGUUAUAUUCUUCUCAUUACUGUGCUGGCUGUAAUCGGUAUAACCUGCCUCUUUGGAGCAUAUUUGGUGUUCAGAAGGAACAGUUUUUAUAGGCAGAAACUUAUAAGUAACAAUGUUGAACAAGCAGAAACAGAUGACGGAUGUCUUACUUUGGAGAUAGACGCUACAGACGAUGCAGUAGGGCACGAAUGCGAUGCUUCGGCUUUAGAAAUGUAUAACAAUUCUCCAGGGUACCGACAAAAUACUCCGACAAUACAAACAAUGGAUGAUUCCUCAAGGUACAAUGACGAUACACAGCCAAGAGGUGCUGUGGACGAUUCGUCAAGGUACAAACAGAAUACACAGCCAGACGGGACUUUGGACGAUUCGUCAAGGUCCAAACAGGAUAAGCCGCCAAUGGAGAUUGUGGACGUUUCGCCAAGAUACAAACACGAUACACCGUAAAUAGAGAUUGAGGACGAUCCGUCAAGGUACAAAAACGAUACACAGCAAAUAGCGAUUGUGGACUAUUCGUCAAGUUACAAACAGGAUACACAGCCGCAUCUUGCUGAGGACGAUUCGUCAAUUUACAAACACGAUAUACAGCAAAUAAAGUAUAUAAACGAUCCGUCAAGGUACAUACACGAUACACCGCCUAAAGAGAUUAUGGACGAUUCGUCAAGGUACAAACACUAUACCAAGCCAAUAGAUACUGUGAGCGAUUUGUAAUGGUACAAACACGACACACCGCCAAUAGGGACUGUGAACGAUUCGUCAAGGUACAAAUACGAUAAACCGCCAAUACGAAACACCGCCAAAAUGUGCUGUGGAUGAUUCGUCAAGGUACAUACACGAUACACCGCCAAAAUGUGCUGUGGACGAUUCGUCAAGGUGCAAACACGAUACACCGCCUAAAGAGAUUAUGGACGAUUCGUCAAGGUACAAACACUAUACCAAGCCAAUAGAUACUGUGAGCGAUUUGUAAUGGUACAAACACGACACACCGCCAAUAGGGACUGUGAACGAUUCGUCAAGGUACAAAUACGAUAAACCGCCAAUACGAAACACCGCCAAAAUGUGCUGUGGACGAUAUGUCAAGGUACAAACACGAUACAUCGUCAAAAUGUGCUGUGGACGAUAUGUCAAGGUACAAAUACAAUACACCAGAUUGUGGUUGAUUCGUCAAAGUAAAAAGCAUUUUAUGAUUGUGACUAUCGUAUUUAAUUCAUUUUUGCUGUAAACGGUUUGAGUAUAGCUGUAAAUAUCGUAUUUAAUUCAUUUUUGCUUUAAAUUGUUUGAAUCUAACUGUGACUAUCGUAUUUAAUUAUUUUUUGCUGUAAAUUGUUUGAAUCUAGCUAUGACUAUCGUAUUUAAUUCAUUUUUGCUGUAAACGGUUUGAAUAUAGCUGUAAAUAUCGUAUUUAAUUCAUUUUUGCUUUAGAUUGUUUGAAUCUAACUGUGACUAUCGUAUUUAAUUAUUUUUUACUGUAAAUUGUUUGAAUCUAGCUAUGACUAUCGUAUUUAAUUCAUUUUUGCUGUAAAUUGUUUGAAUCUAGCUGUGUAUAUUGUAUUUAAUUCAUUUUUGCUGUUAAUUGUUUGAAUAUAACUGUGACUAUCGUACUUGAGUCAAUUUUGCUGUAAUUUGUUUGUGUUACUAUCGUAUUUAAUUCAUUUUUGCUGUAAAUUGUUUGAAUCUAGCUGUGAUUAUCGUAUUUAAUUCAUUUUUGCUGUAAACGGUUUGAAUAUAGCUGUUAAUAUCGUAUUUAAUUCAUUUUUGCUUUAAAUUGUUUGAAUCUAACUGUGACUGUCGUAUUCAAUUA